AAAAUCUGUUUUACCGACCGUCAUGUUUGACAGUUAAACAAAUAUUGGUUAUGUCUAUUUAAUUAAUUUUUGUAUAUGUUUAUAAAUCAUCGAAUUUUUCUCUUGCAAUUUUUUUUCGAUAUUUCUUUACAAUGUUGGACGGUUGGUAUUGUCGUUCUAUUGCGAACGAAGCGGCCGCAGCCGAAGAAGAAGAAAGAGCUCAGGAAGAAUCUAAACAUAAAGCCCAGUACAAGUUUUUAAAAGGAAAACUUAAACAUCUCUUAUAUGAAAACGAAUGCUUUCAACACGCUUUACGUACCGCACAAAAAAAGCUUUUAACCGUAAGUAGAGAUAGAAAUUUUUUAUUAGAUCGACUAUUACUGUACGAGAAAACUGAAGAAACUUCUACUGAAUCUGACGAUUCUGAUUCAUCGGAAGACGAACCUGUUAAAGUUGAACCAGUUAGGAAACGCCGAUUUGAAAGUGCUGUUUCACAUAGUAAUGGUUCUUAUGUAAAUUCUGGUAGAAAUGUACCCCCUGUAAAGAGGAAACGACCAAAUCCACCUACCAGGCAACCGAAAGCUUCAGCAUCAUCAAGUCAUCAUUCUUCAACAAUGCAAUUACAAAUUCCUACAAGUGCUAAUAGCACAAGUAGUAGCAGUACACUGUUAGAUGGUCAUAUGACACCUGAAGAGGUCGAGAGACACCUACAAUCAAGGCAGAGUUAUUUAGAAUUGGAAAGAGCUCCUCCAACUGUUCCAACGGAAAUGUUUAGUAAUGAACCAUCGCUUGACAGUAUUACCUUUAAUUUUAGUGAAUCGAAUGACCUCGGCGAUCUGGAGACCUCACCCAGCAACAUAGGGGAAGAAUUAAGCAUUGACAUGAUUCAAGAAUGAUUAAUUUAAGGAAUUAAAAGUUUUUUCUAAUGAGAA